GUAUAAAUAUGGCCAGUUAGUUUUGGAAAAGCAUCAUUCGGUCUUCACAUCCAGUUCAGUGAGUUUACCCUCCGAGUACAACGAGUGUGAUAUUUAGAAGAAGCAAAAACGAGCAGCUGAAAAUGAAGGGAUUCGUAGUGUUUGUGAUGGCGAUUGCCCUGGUGGCGAGUGCCGAGAUCAAGAAGAAGGAUGCUGAGGCACCGGCUGCGGCCGAAGCGAACGGCGAGAAGAAGCAGGAAAAGCGUGGCCUGUGGGAUCUGGGCUACGGAUACGAAUCGCACGGCUGGGACUCGCACAAGUCCCACGGCUGGGAGGAGCCUCAUGUCACCACGAUCACCAAGAAGGUGCACGUCCCGUACCCGGUCGAGGUGGAGAAGCACGUCCCGUACCCGGUGAAGGUACCGUACCCGGUCACCGUCGAGAAGCACGUGCCAGUCGUGGUGGAGAAGAAGGUCCCGGUGUACGUCGAGAAGCAUGUGCCGGUGCACGUUGACCGUCCAGUGCCGUACCCAGUCAAGGUCCCGGUGAAGGUGGUGCACAAGGAGUACGUCGAGGUGCCGAAGCCGUACCCGGUGCACGUUGAGAAGCAUGUCCCGGUCAUCGUGAAGAAACCGGUGUACGUCGAGAAGCAUGUUCCGGUGGUGGUAAAGUCGCACGGCUGGGAGCCUCAUUCCCACUCGUACUCGGAGUUCCACUCGUGGGUGUAUGAUAUAAGUGCGCCUGUGGGUCGGGCAUGCCGAACAGGAGGAAAAGUUUUCCUAUCGGCCCCACCAUUGAACAACAAUCACAGUGGUGGUGGUGGUGUGUUCGUGGUACUGUGUGCGCUGGUACUGGUUGGCGGGGCGCUGGGUGAAGCGGCACUCGGCAACUACUACAAGGACGUCGUGCGGGAGCAGCACGAACUGAUCAAUGAGAUGAAUCAAAACUUUACCGAGCUGGAGCGGGCGAGCGAAAAGCUGAUCGAUCUCGGGUUCUACGUCGGCAAGCACAAGCUGCCCCCGAAAACGGUCAAGAUCACGAAAACGGUGGCGGUCCAGGUGCCGGUACCGUUCCCGGUGAAGGUACCGGAACCGGUCCCGGUGCCGGUCCCGGUCGCCAAGCCCGUCCCGGUGCCCGUCCCGACGCUCGUCGCCGUACCGGUCGAGAGUACGGUGGCGACCGUGGCCUCCUCCCCGACCGACGACGGCGGGCGUCCGAGUCCGUCGGCCGAGCCGGCGGACGCGGACCCAGCGUCGUCGCAGGUGCACGCGAGCACGGCCCAGGAGGUCCAAGAGUACGUACACUCGUUUCCCAUACACUCUGUAUACGACGCUGGCGACGAUUACAAUCCCAUGGAAGGAAACCGUCUCGCACUAGCGGAACACACUGCAUCCCCUACUGAGAGCACGUUCAGUAAACCAAGUCCUUCUUCACUUCAACAGUUGGAAGAAUACCAGCACCACCCACAGUACUACCACUCCCACCAGCGCCCCCCCGCACAGCAGCCGAAGCGGCAACAUCCUCAGCAGCAUCGUAAGCCAACGGCGCCGGGACUGGAUCAGGCCGCGGAACAGUACCACCGGGGACGCACCGGGGACCAACGAUAUGGCGGUGGUGCUCAAGUUCAAGCCGGUGCGCAUCCGGCUGGCCAGUACGGACCUGAGCCUGAUGCGCUCCAGCCGGCGGCCGAGCCGUAUGACUUCGGCAUUGACGCUAGCCAACUCCACUCGGCCGCGUUCGCCCGUGCCCCGGAUACGCCCUAUACCGCUGCGGCAGGCCUCGCCGGAGGCAAACCUGCAUCGGCUGCGCCGUCAGCGCCAUCGUCCAUCGGUGAGGGGUACCGCUUCGCCACCGCGCACCACCUCCACCAGCAGCAGCAACAGCGAUUCCAGCAGCGAGGAAGAUUCCCGGCUCACCAAUACGAUCGAGGAGUCGGCGGAAGAGUCACAGUCGUUGGAGGAGUCGGAGGAUCGGGAGAAUCUGGACGAGUAUCAGGAUCUGACGGAGGAGCUGGACUCGCUGGAGCAAAUGUCGGAGGAGUCGGAGGAGCUGGCCCCGAAACCGGUUCGCACUCGUACGUCCAGUACGUCGAAGACGCGGCACUCCAAGCGCACGCCCAAGUCGAAGAAGUACCGCGCUACCAAAGUGAAGGCGAAACGCGACUCCAGGCAGGGUUCGAAGCGGGAUUCCAGGCCGGGCUCGAAACGACACACCAAGCGGGACUCGAGGCGGGAUUCCAAGCCGGUCUCGAAGCGGACCAAGAAGCCCAAAAAGGUGCGCAGCACGACCGCGACGACCUCCACCACCACCACAACAACCACCACUACCACCACGGCAAAGCCUACGACCACAACGACCGUACGCCCCGUCCAUUCCAAACCGUACGGGAGUCGUACCCACGGUAUGAGAAGCCCGACACUGCCCGCUAUCCACCCUCACAGUCCACCGCGGGAGACGCACGAGGCAGUGCCGGCGGCGUCCUAUCAGAAGCCUACGAUCGCCCAGCUUUUGCCAAGUCGCACCGACCUGCUGCUGCAACCGGACCCGUACCAACCGCUGCCACCGUUACCUCCACCGCCACCACCCACGGUUACCCGGUACCGGGGGAACGGUCCCUUUACCCGGCGCUAUCCACCGCGGGCCACCAUCAUACGCAUCCACAUCCAGCGCACCUACCGGGGGAAGCGCAUCAAGAUCUUCGUGAUCAAGCCCACCACGACAACCACGACGACGACGGCGCCGGAUCUUCUGGACAACUCCGCUUUCCCUUCUAUCACGCCACCAAACACGAUCCCCAUCUUGUACGGGCUGGCGUCGAAUCGUAUCGUGCAGGCGGUGCCCCUUCCGCAGGACCAUCCUAUCAGCUCCGCCAGCAGUACGGGGAACACGCGCAGUCCUCGACGGGCGAUCGGGCCGCGCAAACCGUUCAUCAUCACCACCACGCAGGCGCCAGCUACCACAGCGAGCACGGAGGCGAUCAGUUUGGCCAGCAGUACAAGGGAAGCUACCCCGCCAAGCCCACCGUCUACAGUGUCCCCAGUGACGCACACCUCUAUCCAGAGUACGGCGGAAGCCACAGCGACAACCACCAUCAGGGAGGUGGACACGACGACCACGGUACUACCGGCAAGUUCCACUAUCACUUCCACAAUGUCCACCCGAUCGGAGGCGGUAACUCCGAUCACCACCAGCAGCAGCAGUCCGCCGCCAGUGAGCACCACUACACAGCCGUCCACGGAGGGCACGCCAGCGCCGAGUACGGCGGUGGUGCUGCCGGACCGGACGGAAGUGUCGUAAGCUCGUACGAUCCACCUGCCAGCGGCAACGCGUUCCACUUCCACGACGACGCAUCGGCGGCCGCUUCGAGCGAUAUGUACGCAGGGGCAUCGACCCAGUACGGUCACUCCUCGCCCUGAUCUCUCGACAGCUAGGGGUCUGGCGGGAAA